AUGGCGCACUACCUCCUAGGCGCGGAUGACAUGGAUUACCUCUCUGCCGAACAGAAGUGGCGACUCCACGUCGAUAUAAUGACAUAUAUCACCGCUGCUCACUUGCUCAAAGGCAUCGUAACCACGAUCGGUCCUGAACACGAUUGCGUGUCUGUCUGGCUCCCCCCAGGCGUCAAUGCCGAUGGCUGGUGGAUUUCCCUCCGGAGCGGGCUCUGGCGGAUGUACUACCUUCUUUCUGCGGAAGGGAGGAGAAGGUAUUUCCAAGAACUCCUCCCCCUCCUGUAUAACACCAAGCUCGAGGUUAUGGGCAGUCGUGAUGCCGACUGCUAUUACCUUGUUUACCUUGGUACGAAGCCGAAGGCGCGUGGUCAAGGUUAUGCAAGUAAACUGCUGAGGGAUAUGGCAAGAGUUGCUGAUGCCGAAAACCGUCCAAUCUAUCUCGAGUCCAGCUCUCCCGCUAACACGCGCUACUACAAGAAGUUCGGCUUCGAGGCGAAGAAGGACAUUACUUUGACGCGUGGAUGCUCGCCAGUCCUGCUCACUGCCAUGGUCCGUGAACCCCAGCCCCGCAAUGUUACUUACCAAUCUUGUAAGUUUCAGGGCGCCGAAGUCAAGGCUUGA